GCUCCGCUCCGGCCCACGCGACACCGCGCAGACUUCAUUCUUGCAGCGGGAAACGCUCAACGCACCUCGCGCCAACCCACUCGUCACAACCCCGGCCCGGCCCGGCUCCGGGUACACACCCGAAACUCCUUAAUCCCAUUCCGUCCCAUAGUUCCGCCAGUUGAAAAGUUCCUCCGUCUCUCCGUUUCUGCCCCUACUCGGCCAUUCGCGCUUGAUCAGCGGAUUUCCCGUUCGGGACUUAGUGAAAAGUUGUGGAUUCAGUGCGGUUACCGUCGAAAGAAAUAACGUUGUGUGGUGACUUCAACGCAAGGAUAACAAAAAAGGAAACGCUCUGCGCGUGGUGCUGCCGAAAGAGUGAGGAUACGGCGAAGAACACCUUUACGCGUGACUGUUUUGCAUUGCAGUGAUAUGAUUCAGCGAGAUGUUUUGUAGUACGAUGAUUAUUUGAGUUGUGAAGAUGGACACGCCUGACGGUGCUUGAAGCGUACUGGUUGGCGAGCUCGUUUGCAUGAUGCUGAAGGAAGGGAUGGAACUAGACGGGGUGAGCGGCCUGGACCAGGACACCAACAACAACAAGCUGCGGUCGCGCGAGAAGUCGUACUCGCUGCGACCCCGCGCCGGCACCAAGAAGGACGACGAGGAGUUCGAGGCGUACGACGCGUGGCGGCCGCGCGGGGGCGCCGCCGCCGCGGUGGGCGCCAACGGGGACGCCUCCAGGAGUAAGAAGCGCCUCAAGCAGAAGCCGCAGCCGCUGAGCAAGUACAGGCGCAAGACGGCCAACGCCCGCGAGCGGAGCCGCAUGCGCGAGAUCAACGAGGCCUUCGAAGCCCUCCGCCGCAUCAUCCCCCACCUCGGGGCCACCACCGUCAAAGGGGGCGCCCACCCUCACGAGAACAACAGCGAGAAGCUUACCAAAAUUUCCACGCUCAGGUCUGCAAUGAAAUACAUCUCAGCCCUUCGAAGGAUUUUGCAGGAGCCUGGAAUAGGAGGAUGUGACCAAGGAUACGGAGGAGAGUCGGACGGUGAUGCGGAAUCUCUCCUCAGUGACUGCUUGACCCCAUUUGACACUUUGACCACCGUAUCGAAUACCAGCAACCCCUUUUCUGACCACAUCCUCACACCAACCUUUGAUCUGGAUGACUCCGUCGGGAGUUUAGGUGUCGGAGGUACUGGAUUUGAGACACCCUCGCCUUACAACUCCUGCUUUUCUACCUCCAAUUUUGCAGACCAUGAUUCCGAUGAUUCCACGCGGGAUCUCAUAGAAUCCAAUCUGAGUUCUAGUGUGUUUGACACCUGCUUGGACGUUCCUGUCUUUGGAACGCAGUUUAGUUAGCCCGUUUCAUGGUUGUUGAAGAGUUAUUAUGAAUUGCACUGUGCCAAAACUUGUCAUUUUCCCUUUGAAAAGGACAAUUUUCAUGUAGCCAUACGAUCAAGUUACUAUGACUGCGUGAAAUCAUGGAGCUAGGAUGGUAAUUUCAAAACUGCAAUUACCCUACAUCAAUUUUUUGGUACUACUGAUGGGAAAAAUUGCCUUGAUUUUUUGGUGCCAGUUUCGAAUUUGAAUUGCUUUUUCCAGACACAAUAAAAAUACCAGUGUAGGAGUUAGACUUAACGUAUGAGUCACAGGGAGAAUACAGAGAUCUCCCUUACCCUUGAUUUACUCAAAGCGAGGAAUGCAUAUGAAUUCAGUUCAGGACUUCGAGUCUGUUCUCAUUUUAAAAUUUUCAGACUCAAAUGAACUAAAUGUUGAGGACUGUGCAUAAUGCACUGAAUUCUAAAGAGAGGCGCAAAAUAUGUCGGUGGCUAAGAGAUUUUAAUUACCGACUGAGUCUGGAGAGUUCACUUCCUAGCAGAUGUUGAAAGUUACUGUACAUUACCAGAAGCACCAAUAAUUUGCGAUGGUUGGUCUUACUUUGAUUGUGCUUCCCGUUCAGGAGCCAACCUUCACUUUCACUUGAUCUUUGCUUAGAAAAAUAAAUAAAAAUUCUUCCAUAAAAUUAGUUGUUAAAGAAGGAAUAGAUACUCAAGUUGAAAUUGUAAAAAAAAUAUUGGCAUAGAGAGAUGAUGUAUCUUAAAGAACAGUUCAUAAAGCAAUGGAUGUGUUCCCACUUACAAGCAUGCCACACUAUGUUUUGUCUGCCUUGACUUUUUGUUGUGAAUAAACUUGUUGUUUUGUUUAUCCUCUUCAAUUUAGUUCAGAAUUGUCAACCUCAAAAACUGAUAUUUUGCGCUUUAAGUAACAUUAAAAAUAGAAUGCUUUUUAUUAUCUUGUUUAAAGUGAUUUAGUUAAUUUUAAUAUAGGUUUUAUUUGGUUGUUAUUAUGUUAUACUUUGUGAUUUAUGAACGAAAUGUAAAAUUUCUAAGUGCCUUCGAAUAAAAAUUGUUAUUACUGUCGAGAAAUUGAGUAAUUUUUUGAUAAAUGGGCAUACAAUAACCUGCGCACAUUAAAAGAAGAAUUCAUUUUUUGAAUCCUAAAAAUGUUACAGAUACACAUAUGUAGUUUGUGCUUGGUAAAAAGUAAAUGAUGAAAAUUUGAGGCAUCAGAUAAACAGUACUCUGGUUUUCACCAUGCACAAUGUAUUUCCUCCUUAUUACUAGGAAGAGUAAGAAAGUAUUGCAAGAAAAGUAUUAUGGCUUAUACUUUUUUCUAUUGCCAGAAAAUAAAAUUUUUUCAUUUGA